GGCUCCGUUGGGCGAUUGGCACACAGUCAUACAUGUAGUAAAUGCGGUGACACAGGCAGACAGGCACAUGAAAGGGGUGCAUGCAGUCGAGCACGUGUGCCGUGGAGAACGGAGUGGGAGAAAAAACGGAAUGGAGAGCUGCCUAGCGCCUAGGGAGAGAGGGAGGAAGGGAGGGAAUACAUGUACAGGGAAGCCAACACUAGAAUAUAAACAUCAAUUCACGACUGUGCCUGGGAGCGACAUCUCACCGACCGCCCCCGGCUCGCUGCCCCUCCGCCCGGAUGCCGGGAGGCUUUCAGGCGAUGCCAUGAGGCUGCGGAGCGGCUCAUCUGCAACUCUGGUACUUCCCGACUCACACGACUCACGGCUCGAGCGCCGAUUCUCCUUUUUCCUCUUCUUCUUUUUCUUCUUCUUCUCUUUAGCGACCGUCCCCAUCUCACUGACCGCAGCCUCGGACUCCUGCGGACUGUCCCCAUUCCCACGGCCCUUCUCAGCCGCCCCCUCGAGGGCCUCAACGCUGCACAUUCGCAAUGAGACACGGACAUAUGACAACGGGACACACGCACAACAUGGAGCAUUUUAUGUCGUCUUUUCUGCUUGGCCGCCUACUCUGUUGCGGUGAAGGAUCUUCUGCUCAUUGCAUCUUUCAGCAAGUCUUCUGGCGUCUGAUGAGGCUGGCUGUCCGCCGCGUGUUCCGGCGAGACCACCUGCACCAUCUUCUUGGAAGGCGUCCCCUCAAGCGGCCAGAACUCGCCAGCCAGGUCCGUCUUGAGAGCCCUCCCCUUCCCCUUUUCCCCACCUGCCCGCCUGCCAUUCUCCUCGCCAUUCGCCGACACCAACACCCCUUUCAGCCUCUUGUCGUCGAUCGUGUGGACUGUGGAAGUAGACUUGCGACGAAUGAACCUCUGCAUCAUGGAGCUCCUUCGUCGCGAGGGUGUUGAUGAGUGGCGCCGGUUCUCCGCCCCAGCUGAUGUGUCGGCCCUAAAGAGGCGGUCCUUGAUGCUUAUCCGCCGCACCGAGCCGGGCGAGAACAAAGGCAGCCCCGAUUGCCGCCGGCCCGAGCUUGUAGGAGAUGCAGAUGAUCUCCUGCCCGCCACCUCUUUCUUCUCGUGCUUCAUUUGCAGCUUCUCCAGCUUCUCUUCCACAUCCUGCGCCUCCUGAUGGUUGGUUGUAUCGCGACAGACAGGAAGACCACCAUUGAUGAUGUCACACGCCAGGUGUACGUCUGGCUUACACAAUGCUUACCCUCUCGGCCAUGGAUUUCGUUCGUGACUUCUCCCUGGUAGCGGCCGCCGCCUGAUCUCUGUGUAAGUACCAAUGCGCGCAGACAGAAUGGGAGCUGGCUAUAGCUGGUGUGUUGUCUGCCUUCGUACGCGGCGGAUUGCAGGACGUCCUCAGCAACGGAAAAAGCCUUAGUGCUCGAGCGCAUUGGCUGCGGGGCUUCGCGAGUUGGCGGAUCGAACUGCCCCUCGCCCUCUAUUCCACCACUGGCGAGCUUGCGGAUGAAGGGAUGCUUCAACGCUGUGAUACAUAGCACAGGCCCAAUGCCGCCGUGUCCUCGUCUCAUGCAUUGUGUGUGUGUACCUUCAUCAGCCGUAAGUCGCUUCUCGGGAUUCCGCUCGAGAAGGCUGGAGAGGAAAUCAAUCGUCUGAGGGGAAGGGAGACAAGGACAUAGACAGACAUGCAAUGCCCCCAUAUGCAGACGCUGCGUGCACAUCUUGUCCGGGCGCGUAUUCACCUACCUUCUCUGAGUACGGCUUCUCCAUGUUGUGGAGCGACCAGUCGAUCUGGUGGCCCUCAAUCUCCUUCUGCAGCACCAGCAGCAGAAUAUGUAGGGGGAGAUGGAUGGAUGGGUGUGGUCGAUGGUCAGUCAGUGCAUGUCUGCCUGUAUGGGUGGAUUCCUCACGAGUAUGGCGGCUUGGUCUUCGCCGAUGAAUGGGUAGCGGCCGUAGAGCAUCAGAUACAUCAACACGCCUGGCGUGAUAUCAUAAGAUGAGACAAAGCAGACAUGAAAUACAUGCAUCGUCUGUCUGCUGAAUGACAGGGGAAUCCUCCUUACCGACAGCCCAGAGGUCGACCUCCACGCCGUAUCUUUUCCUGGUCGAUGACGCACACAACGAAGAGACAGACCCACGAUACGUGUCUCACAAGUGUUCGCACACAUAGCAGUCAGUACACACUUGAGGAGUUCGGGCGCCAGGUACUUGAGCGAGCCGCAUGUCUCCUCCAGAUGCACCCCGGGCGUCACCUUGGCAGCGAUGCCGAAGUCGAUCAUGAUUAAGGGGGAGUCGAUGCUCUUCUUCUGCAGGAGGAAGUUCUCGCCCUUGAUGUCUCGGUGCACGAUGUUGCGCGAGUGGAGGUACUUGAGGGCGUCAAGGAUCUGCCGACAUCGUGCAUACAUGUAUAUGAGAGUCGAUCGUCCCAGUAGGUCGGCAAAGCGCAGUCAAUAUAAACAUUGGGGCGGAGCGCACCUGCCGACAUAUCUUGGCCGCUUCCCGCUCGGUGAACUGCUUCAUCUCCUUGAUGAACGUCAACAGCUCCCCGCCCUCACACUUGUCUAUCACCUGGCAGCACACACACACCGGUGCGCGCCGCGCCGCGUGGUGGUCUGCCUGCGGGUCUUGCAACUUACGCCAUAGACGAACUGGUGGUCCUCGUAGAGGCCGUGAAGACGGAUGAUGGUCGGGUGGUCUGAAUGAAUGAGGAAACACGACCAGGUUUUGUGUGCUUUGUGUAGUAUGUCGUGCGCACCAAGCUCAGCGAGGAAGUCGCACUCCUUCUUGAACAGCUGUGCGUGAUUCCACUUGGCCCCCGGCUUCUUCUCCACAAUCUUGACCGCAAAGAGUUCCCGUGUGGUCCGAUGGAUGCACUCACGCACUUGCCUGCACACAACACAACCAUCAGCCUGGCGGACCUCUUCACAUGUGAGUCAUGUUUGUUACCCGAAGGCGCCCUGUCCGAGGAGCCUGCCGAGGUUGUAAUCAUCCCGGACGUCACGCCGACGUACGCCACACACGUUCCCCAUCGGAGAAGCCUUCAAG